UAAAAGAUUAUCAUUUUGGGAGGUUUUGGGAGUUAAGCUACAAAUUAAAUAGAAAUAUCAGACCAGACAACACCAGAGAAGCAUAAAUACAGAAAAAAAGGUAUAGACAGACAACACAAACAUUAAGACACAACAUGAAUCCACGUAAAAGAUUUCCCGAUUUUUCGCGGCCACCGUCCCAUCCGUUGCCUGACUUUACACGUCGGCCGCCCAAUGACAGACAGCCUAAUCGGCCACUAAUAGUGAGGUCAAUAUUGCCAGAAGCCCAACGAUUGUUCCGACCGCCGCCACAACCCCAACGAGUGUCAGCAACACAGGAGUGGACAGGAGACGGCGGCAGUCAACUGGCUGCCAGACCGCGUGAAUUGCUUAGUAGGUCUCAAUCGGUGCCAACAUUUGGUUCGGGACGACCACCAAUCACUAAACCGCAUCCUUCGCUGGCAUCUUCUCCGUCCUCAUCGUUCACUGAUAGUUUCCCGGCAACAGCGGGAUCGUCGACAGCUCCCUGGACUGUUUCAUCGUACGACACCAGCAGUAGUCGGUCAUCAUCGCCAUCGUUGGAGAGAUCAAUUGGAACUCAGUAUCCAUCGCCAGAACCACCACCACCAGCAAGAAGAUCAAUGGGAACCCAAUAUUCGACACCAUCGCAGUCAAUGUACAACAAAAGUAAUCGGUCAUCAUCAACACCGUCACUAUAUCAGAGUCUAUCGUCACCGAUGUCCAGUCGACCUGCCUCUCGAUCACUAUCUGGUAGUAUUUCAUCAGUUUCGUCGCAAUCAAUCGGCCAACCAUCGGCCAGUUCAUGGAAUAGCCUACCGUCACCAAUGCGCGGUACGCCCAGUCCACCUCCUGCUGGCCGAUCACUAUCUGGUAGUAUUUCAUCGGCCAGUUCAGGAAGGAGUCUACCGUCACCAAUGCGAGGUACGCCCAGUCCACCAGAAUCAUCAAUUGAAUCUCGUCAAUACUGGCAACCGACUCCAUUGACCUACGAUCCAGAGUUACCCGAGUUUAGAGGACACGAUCAAAGACCAGUGACCAGUCGGGUGACACAAAUACCGGGUGAUCCACGUUUGAGUGGUUGGCGUGGUUGGAAAGGCUGGGACCGAGUGGGCAAAAUGACUCGCGGACGAUCCGACAAAUAUGAUCUGCAACGUCCAAAAAAUCUAACGCCUGACGGAACCGAUGAUCUCUGGACUGAUCCAUCCUUUGAACGGAUAAACAAAUGGGAAGCGUCCGGAAGUCGAGCGUAUAAACUACCGCAAGACGCGGAACAGUUCGUCUAUCGCGAACCCGAUCCCGAAAUCUUUCGUCAGAUGCCUUACCCGAUGCCUAAAAACGAGUAUAAGAGAAAAUUUGGUAAAAACAAGGGUUUGACUACAGCAGCGAAAAAAUUGCUUAGUGGUCGCAGAAAAAAACGUCGCGAUAGUGGUGCCGAUGCCGACCAAACGGCCGAAGAGAUACCUAUGAGUGGACAACCAAAACAAAUUCAAGACGAAGAAGAAGAAGAAGAAGUCAAUGACAUGUUUGAAAACUUUGAUCAAUGACGACGACGACGACGACGAUGACAUAUCUGUGUCCAACUGUAGCUGAUAUUUAAACUAAGUAUUAGUGGAUUUUUUUUGUGGACGAAAAAAAGGAUUCAGUUUUUUAAUUUAA